AGACGUGACCUAACAUUUGUCGAUCGUAUUUAAGGGGACGCAUAUUGCUACAUUCACAGUUCAUACAGAAAUGCGGAAGGGGUGCAUAUUCAAGAAAUCAAUGGUGGGAAAAUAAAAAACAUAUUCCUAAACUGAUAUAAUACUGAUGGACACCUGUAAUAUUCAGUAUUUUGUGGAUAAGGAUGUGGUACUAUGAAUGUAAUAGGAAAACAGAGGUCUUUGUGAAAGUACAUUCAACACAAAAUAUUAAGCUUUUGUAUUGCUACAGUUCUGAAGGGUCACUAAAGAUGACGGACGAAGCUUUCUCUGUAGUGGAUGCGAGUGGAUGUAAGCUUUGCGAGCAGCUGAUGGUUGAUGGUCUCCAGAUGCCGACAUUCGGAAAACCGCCGGGUAUAGCCGCCGCUAUCAUUAGAAACAUUCCUGAUAUAAAAGUGUGCGAAGAUGAUGUAAUGUUGUGUACCUUUCCAAAAUCAGGGACGAAUUGGGGAUAUGAGAUUAUGACAAUGUUGCUGAAUGGGAAAGCAGAGAUCAGCCCUACCAUGAAAUUGAGUAAAAUGUUAGAAGUUAUACCAGAAUCUGAGUUGGAGAAAUUACCUUCCCCGAGAAUUCUAAAUACUCAUGUGCCACUCAAGUGGCUACCAAAACAACUAAAAGAAAAGAAAACGAAGAUUGUGCUGAUUGUUAGGAAUCCGAAGGACGUGGUGGUGUCGUACUAUUAUCAUGCUUGUGGACUGAAGAUGUUUAACUACGAUGGAAAAUUUGGAGACUUUCUUAAACUUUUUCUUGAAGAAAAAUUACCAUACGGCAGUUGGUUUGAUUACAUACUCGAGUUUGAGAAGGCUAUAGUAGGGAACCCGGACAUGAUUCAUUUGAUAUAUUUCGAGGAUAUGAAAGAGAAUGGGUUAGAGGAAAUUAAGAAUUUGGCAAAAUUCUUAGAUGUUAAGGCAGACGACGAACUUAUUGCCGCAAUAAACGAGAAAUGCAGUUUCAAGUCAUUAGCAGCAAGUAAACCGCCUCCACCAAAAGACAGAACAAAAAACAACUUCACUUUAUUUCGUAAAGGUGAAAUAGGAGACUGGAAGAAUUAUUUUACAGUUGCAGAAAGUGAAGCUUUUGAUAAAAUAUUCCAAGACAAGAUGAAGUCAACAAAUCUCAGAUUUAAAUAUGAACCUUCAAAGAAUUAAAUGCAAAAUAAAUGAAGAACAUUUAGAAUUUUGACCGUGUUUGUGUCAUCUCGGAUCUAUCACUUGGAGGAACUUACACCAAACUUCAGAAAAGUGAUAAUGGCCAAGCUUUAUGAGCAUGUCUUGAUAUAUUCCAGAUUGGUGAUUUUCAGCGGAGUUGUGAUCCAUCAUUCAUAAAAAUUUAUUAUGUUUAUCAACAUUCAUUGUUUUCAAAGUCUUUAAGAGUUUCUCUCAGUUUUGCAUAUAGGGUAGACAACGCAUUUCUAGCACAUUUCUAUAUUUGUACAUAAUUAUGUGCUUUCAAUAAUAGGUGUGGUGCAAGUUUUGAAUGUGACUUUUAUUUUUAUUGAUAUCUGUUUCAUGACGAGGAAAAUGUAUUUACUAAUAAAACCACUAAUAAUCAGAAAACAA